AUGAAGUCUACUUUGUUCGCCGAAAUAUCUCUCUUCGGCCUUGCCGCAAGGGCCUGGCGUCCGGAAGGCCAUGACUGGCACCCACCACUGCCAGAAGAUAGUCGAUCCCCGUGCCCGGGCCUCAAUGUCCUGGCGAACCACGGCUAUCUCCCUCGUACAGGGAAGAACAUCGAUCUAGAAGCAGUCCGAUACGGCAUCAGCGCCGCCUACAACUUCGAACGCACGUCUUUUGAUACGGCUUUCCAACAAGCAGUGGACUUCAAACUCACGACCACCGGAAACAGCUCGACUUUUGAUCUUUCUGACCUGGCAGCGCACGACGAGAUCGAAAUCGAUGGUUCGCUGUCCAGAAACGACUUCUACUUCGGAGACGACCUGCAUUUCGACCACGCUAUCUGGAUGACCGUGGCUGAGAGACUAGGUCUUUAUGAUUUUGGGGAGAUUGGGGUGGAGCAGUACGUUACUGUCGAGACAGCGGCCAAGGCCCGCGCUGCACGCGUGGCGGACGCGAAGAGAGUCAACCCAACCUUUAAUGCCUCUGCCAACCAAAUGGUCGGCAGCCCUGGGACAACAGCGCUCUACUUGCUUACCUUGUGGGAUGAAAAGGCAGGCGCUGUGCCAAAGCCUUGGAUCAAAGCCUUCUUUGAGGACGAGCGCAUUCCAUGGAUCGAGGGAUACAAACUGUCAAAGAAUCAAAAGACUAGUCAGGACAUUGGUGACAUGACUAAAAGAGUUAUGGCAGUAAAUGUAUCAUCCGAAAGCACCUAA